AUGAACGGCUCAAGUAUGACUCCGCCACCAAUAUCAGCCAUUGCUUCGAGCAGUGAUAAACUUUCUGGUCAAUUAAUUAUCAAAGCGCAAUUAGGUGAUGACAUUCGAAAGAUGAUGAUUCACAAUGAAGAUUUAACAUUAAAUGAACUCGUUUUAAUGAUGGAACGUAUCUUUGCCGGAAAGAUCUCCAAUUCUGAUGAAUUAACUAUAAAUGAUCUGACAGUGGCAUUACAUUUUCAUAAGAUUCUUCGUCUGUUCGUCUUAGUCAAUGGAAACGAACAAAUAAGUACGAAUUCAACAGAGAAUUCUUCACAAGAUGGCAGUUUGAUUGAUGCGAAAACGUUUCGAACGGAAUUGCAACAAAUUCGCAACUCAGUACAAACAAUUCUCGAUCGACUUCAACUAUCGGCAAGUCAAACAGUAGUAACAAACAAUCAAGAAAAGGAAACUACUGCUGUUCCACCGCCGGCUGUAGCUUCGAAUACAGCACGUGAUUUUGAUCCAUAUAAACAUUUUCAACAACCUCAACGUUCAAAUACGCCCGAUAGUAUUCGAUCAAAGUCGUCGACAUCGAAUAAGUUAAAUAAUAACGAACAGAAAUCUUUUCAAGCAAUAUCAUCCGCACCAACAAUUGACGCCCAAAAUCAAUUCCAAGCAUCAGAAUCGGCCGAUAAAAAUAAAACACAGGCAACGGCUUUUCAACAAAUGCCAACACCACAACAAUUCAUACAAACACCGUACGACGACCAACAACUCAAAGCUUCACCAUUCGGUGCACCACCUUCGACCUUUCCAGUGAUGCCACCAAUACCACCCAAUACUGGUAAUCAACAAUUUCCUAUACCGUAUCCACCAACAACAUUACAAAAUGCCAAUACAUCAUCAGCCUUUAAUACAGCAUCAGCACCACCACCAGUUGCACCACAAUCGGUUUUCAAUCCUAAUCCACUUGGACCUCCACCAACAACAUCGUCAUCAUCAUCGAAUCUUGGUCAACCGUCGGCAUUCAUUGGUCAACAGCAAACACCUUUAGCACCACCUCCCCAAGUAGGCGGUUUCUACGGUCAACAGCAAGCAUUAUUUCAACAAAGAGCUGGACCAUCAACUUUCAUUCCAAAUAAUGCUGCUAAUCCAAACAAUACACUUGGCCAAGGCCCACCCGGUCCACCACCGACCAGUUCAUCGCCAGCAACAAUCAAUCCGUCGUUCAUACAACCAACCCAAAUGCCUACUCCUCCACCUCUAGCAUCGAAACAGCCGUACGGUGGUUUUCCAGGUCAAAAUAAUUUUUACAAUCCUACUCAACAAUAUCCCAGACAAUCAUAA